GUCUAGCACGAUCACAAUUCUGGGUGAGGGGAGCCCUGGUUCUCAUAUGAGCAUGAGCUGUUGGCUCUUACUCUAUGAUAAUGCUUGCCACGAACCCCUCGGACCUCGCCAUGGAUGUUGAUCUGCACCUGCUGACUCCCCACAGACAAGCGAACCUCCACUACCGGUCUUGGCACUACGCAAGUCUAAUAAAUAUCAAUGCAAGGUUGCAGGCACCGUCCUCAGCGAACUCUUGCACCUUGCGCGCAUCAUGUCUGCUGCUGCCCGUCCGCAUCAUCCGUCAGGUCCAACGCCGCCCUUGAACCAGUCGUGCGAAAAUUGUCGAGCCCUCAAGGUCCGCUGUCUGCCGGAUCCGAAUAUUGCGCAUCAAUGCCAACGUUGCACACGCACCAGGCGAAUCUGUGUCUUUGCGCACACCCUUCGACGCCAGCCUCGAAAAAAGACUGGAUCACGGGUCGCUCAGCUUGAGAAAGAUGUCCGCGACCUACGCGCUUUACUCCACGAGCAGAAUGCUCCGAUUCAAAGAUCGGAUUCAGCCGGCGUUGACACCGUUACCGCUCCGGUCUCCCUUUCCCCCACCACCACCGCGGACACUGCUGCCGCCUCCGCCGCUACCGCCACUAUCGCAAGUCCCGUCUCAGAGACGGCUCCUACUCGCGCUGCGGCAACAACAACAGCAACACCCUUUGCAUCCUCCAUUUCCGACUCCGCCCGCUUACAGACUGCAUCGUCAUCUUGUCCUCCUCGCCCGAUCGUGACAAGCCCGGCUGCGAAUCCCCCUUCCCAUGUCAGCACCACUGGCUCGACAUUCAUGAGCUCUUCGCCUGGCUCUGCGGAUGUCGUCGACCGUGGUAUCCUCGCUCUGGAGACGGCACAGAUGUUGCUGUCCGUCUUCAUUUCUGAACUCACUCAAUUCUUUCCGGUGGUUGUCCUUCCAGGAGACACAAGUGCCGACUUCCUACGCAGGACGAAGCCAAUGCUGUUCCUGUCCAUCAUCGCAGCAGCGUCGCUAACGCUUGAAACACCGCACGCGACCGUCCUACAUGAAGAACUUCUCGCUGGCUUCGCGACACGAUUCUUUCUUAGGCAGGAAAAGUCACUGGAUCUGGUACAAGCCCUCCUCGUAAUGCUUAUCUACUACCUCCCUCCCAAAUCAGCCAUGCAUGGGCAGUAUUAUCAAUACACGCAUAUUGCAACCACUAUGGCACUAGAGCUUGGGAUUGCAGCCGGUGCCGUUGGUCGCAAAACCCAGCGCUGCCAUGCGGGUGAGGGGGAAUUGCCCCCAUCAGUACAUAGUGACCAGGCCCGGGCCGUCCUCGGCUGCUAUCAUUUCGCAUCAAAUGUUAGCAUGCAGACACGUCGACCGAACAUGCUCUGUCACAAUGCUGUUAUCGGCGGCUAUGUCAGGCAUCUUAGUGUCUCGACCAGUGCUUUGGACCAGCAACUGGCAGCAUGGUUCGGGCUGCAGCGGAUCAUGGAUGAGACACUGGCUGCUGCAGGUCAUGACAACACUCUGACCGACACUCCUAUUUUGGAAUCGCAGAUGUUGCCGAUCCUCAAGUGGUUCGACACUCGCAUGCUGCAGUGGAAGAUGUCGAUUCCGAAGGAGAUGUUCACGACUUGGAUGAAUCUUGAAUACCACUACCUUUACCUUGCGAUUCACGAACAAGCCGCGGGCGAGGGCUACCGCGACCCCGACGCAGCAACCCGCAGGUAUUACACACUCCCCCCUCUCGAGGGCGAUACGGAGCGACACAGGGCCAAUGUGCCGGUUAGCGCGGCGCGGGUACAAAUAAUCACAAAAUGGGUGCUCUCUGCCCAACAGCUCCUUGACGUCUUCCUGCAAUGCGACAUUCCGACCAUGCGCAAGCUACCAAACAUGACCUACACGCGGAUGAUCUUAGGGGUUUCCUCCCUUCUGCGUAUCUACUACAUGACCCAGCUCGGCCCUCUGAGUGAGGUCAUCACUCCGCAGAUGAUCAACGUCGACGAAUACCUGGAUCGCCUAACGCAGGCCCUAUCGGAAGCCUGUGAGAACCAGAAAUUCCGCGUCCCGAGCAAAUGGUACCACGUCAUAGCCGUCAAGAACCGCGAAUGGUACGAACAGUUACAACGACGGCUGGCGGGCUUUUCCUCCGAGAAUCCCUCGUAUCUGCGCGGGAUCUUCCCGCCCCCGACCUCCACGGCAGGUGUGCCCGGCGCACAGCCGCCUGGCAUGUUGCCCUCGCUGGUUCCCGGUGGAGCCCCGGCUUACAUGGAGUCAUGGUAUGCGGACGACCCAGCGGGGAGGGCGGAUGGUGUGAGGGAGAUACCGGCGGCGCCGAUGAUGUAUCUCUCCUCGAUGCAGCCGGUCCCGGGGACCGUUGAGGCAGGUGGGCACUUCGCACCUCCUGCGGGCCACGCCGGGUGGCGCUUAGAUGAGCCGCUGCCCGAUCUUACGCAGAAUCCGUCCGCUGUACCUCACCCCAGUUUAAUCAUUAAUUGAAUCGUAACCGUAUCCGCAUGGUGCUCGACUUUUAGUGGGACCAUUCUCCCUGGGAUUCUCCUGGCCACUCGUAGGCAGGCAUGCGACCGUCGGUCUUGAUCAACCUUCACGCUCACAACACCGUCGGCGCUGGUUCUGAUGUAUGUGAUCGAACAUAUCUCACCUGCACAAUCGCACCGAAUAAGGGUCCUCGGGCAUGACCCUGUUUUGACCCUCCGACCUCCGACGCGGAUGCACACGGUGGAGAGAGGGGGUGUGUGGACCCUCCGGUGCAAGGGAGGUUGCAUAGAUGCGAACUCCGUUGAUGCGAUCAGGAUAUCAGAUUAGAUUAGAUUCUUACGGCGAGUGGGCUCAACCUUUGCAGCCGGUAUGAAAUGCAGCCACCGUGUUGCCGCGCGGGGCCCAUGUGGAUUGUAGACUAUCCAGUCGACGGGGAGAAAACUGUAUCCCACCUUCCUUCGCCUCUGCCGUAUGAGAUUGCCGCUAUGGGAGAA